UGCUGCUGGUGGCUCCCCGCCCACCGCUGCUCUCUGCUGCCUGCCGCUUGCUGCCUGCUGGGCGGACUGGGGCAGAUCCGAGCCGACCAGUUCCGUGUUCUCUGCUCCCAGUGCACGGAGCGGACCGACCGGGAGGAACCAGGCGGCGUCAUGGUGGACAUUCCUGGCCGGCCGCGGCGUCUACAAGUCCGCGGGCGCGUGUGGUGAAAGUGCGGACGGAGGUGACGUUUGUGUGAGUUAAAAAGUCUUCACUGUCCAUGAUGAGCUGACUUGGUUGAAGCUGGAGUGUUUGGCUUCACUUUAUCUCACCUGUGACCCUUCAUGGAUUAAAAAUGGCACUUUGGCUGCGACAGGGAGGAAGGCGACUCUUCUUAUUCUUUGGGAAUUCUGGAAACAAGUUCAUUUGAAACAGGAUUGGACUAUUGGACGAGUGUCGGUUGGGUGAAGAGCAAGAGAAUGUUCCUGAAGAUCUGACUGCAAAACAAAGUUCGAGUCAAGGAUGGAGCAGGAUUUUACACAGUAGGAUCUGGUGAAGGCUUGUGUGCAUCAUCCUGGACUAACUUUAGCCAGCGUUGGUGGAUUUUACAACUCUUGACACCUAAUUCAACGCAACAAAACAAACUCUAGCACUGUAAACCCUUCCGCUGUUGUGAAUGGACGUCUGACUCUCCCAAAGCUAGAGGGUAACUUUCCCCUUCAGCUUUAAACUACAGGUCGCUGCAAAAAAGAAAAACUACAAACAUGGCUGCUACGGGAAGAAAGCACUUGGUGAGAGACUUUAACCAUUUUAUCACCUGCUACCUGUGUCGAGGAUACCUGAUCAAACCGACCACGGUCACCGAGUGCCUGCACACCUUCUGUAAGAGCUGUAUCGUGCAGCACUUUGAGGAGAGUAACGACUGUCCUAAAUGUGGCAUUCAGGUCCACGAGACAAACCCACUGGAGAUGCUCAGGUUGGACAACACCCUGGAGGAGAUCAUUUUCAAGCUGGUGCCCGGACUAAGAGAAAAAGAGGAACAGCAAGAACUUGAAUUCUGGAAGAAGAACCAGCCCAAAGAGAACGGUCAAGCAGCAGAAACCCCGAGGUGUCAGAGACUCGGGCUGCCUGAUGUUGGCGUCGAUGGCGGCGACGCUGGUGAUGACGAUGAUGACGAUGAUGGAGCUGCUGAUGAUGAUUACCACAGGAGUGACCCUCAGAUCGCCAUCUGUCUGGACUGCCUUCGCAACACGGGACAGUCGGGGGAGAGCACCGUCACUGAUUUGAUGAAGAGAUUCAUCCGCUGCUCCAGUAGAGUCACCGUGGGAACAAUUAAGAAGUUCCUCAGUCUUAAACUAAAGCUGCCGAGCUCUUACGAGCUGGAUGUGCUGUGCAAUGGAGAAAUCAUGGGCCGAGACCACACUCUGGAGUUCAUCUACAUGACCCGGUGGAGGCUACAUGGAGAGAAUACGUAUCCGAUGGUUCUGGAGUAUCGGCCUCGUAUUGACUUCGGCUAAACCAAGCCUGCAACAAGAGGACCACACACACUCUCACACACACACACACACACACACACACACAUACUGUAUAUACACACACUUAUACAUACAUACAAAUUGUAGAAGACGGUAAAAACACCUACAUUUCCAAGUGGACACACACAGUAAAACACCAACAAGCCCACGAUGUGCAGAGAAAGAGAAAGAUUUAAAUGUAUUUUUGUACAGCCAAUGAUGAAGUGCAAACGUUGUUAUGUUAAAGAGCUUUUAUGCUACAUAGAAUAAUAUAUGCUAUAUAAUAUAUGAUAUUUUUAAAUGUAUGUCCCUGUGCCUAAAAACCUGUCAGAUCAGAUCAGAAAUGAAGUACGACCAUAUCUCCACUCUGCCUGUCUAACUCUAACUGUAGAUUAAACGUUGAUUUUCUACUGUU